UCACUGUUGCUUGCACACACACAUGAAAGUAGAGCAGAGCCAGAUUCCGUAGUUAUCAAAUUCAAAACAAGUGAAAUUUUUAAAAGUUAAGCAAAAAGAGUGAAAGAGGACCAAAAAAAAACGAUGUUUUCGCGGUGGGCAUUCAAGCGUGUGGGCAAAUCCCUGCACUAUUUAGCCAGCUGUCAAGAAACUCCUCUCAAGAUCAAGAUCAAGACCAAGACUCCGACGAAGAUGUGGCAGCAGGGAGAGUGCCACAGUCGCAGGCAGAGCCAGGACCCAACUCAUUCAGUACGAAAAAUCCACUCAAAAUCGGGCGAACGUUGCCAUUCCAAUUUAAUUGCAGCCGACAAGAAUAGCUCUUCAGGCGCUGGCCCCGGUGGAAAUGGCAACAACAACAGCAGCAGCGCUUCAAAGAACUCCAUCCAUGGUUCGGACAGCGAUAGCGGCAGCAGCAGUGCCAUCACCACCGAACUACUCGGCGAGUGGCGGAAAAACUUCUACAGCCAACCGAAGAACUUGCUCGCCCAGAACGUGUGCUCCCGCGUGGACCCGUUCGAUGCGUGCCUCUCCCGCAAGGUGCUGGAGUCCACGAACCAUGUGUUCAACUUCAAGGUGGAGACGGAGGGCAAGCCGGUGACCAAUCAGCGGAGCAGCGGCCGCUGCUGGCUAUUUGCGGCCCUCAACUGUAUACGCCUGCCCUUCAUGAAGAACUACAAUCUGGAUGAGUUCGAGUUCUCGCAGGCGUUCCUCUUCUACUGGGACAAGAUCGAGCGCAGCAACUACUUUCUCAACAAUGUUGUGAAGACGGCGCGACGCGGCGAGAGGGUCGAUGGCCGUCUGGUGUCGUUCCAACUGCUGGACCCCACCUCCGAUGGCGGUCAGUGGGAUAUGCUGGUCAAUCUGAUAACCAAACAUGGUCUCAUGCCAAAGAAAUGCUUUCCCGAGAGCUUUAGCUGCGAGUCCAGCUUACGAAUGAAUGCCAUAUUGAAGAGCAAGCUUCGGGAGUAUACCCGCCAUUUGCGUGUGCUGAUGGAUCAGCAGCCCACGGAGGAGGAGAUCACAGCCAAGAUCCAGGAGCAAAUGUCGGAGAUCUACAAGGUGGUGGGCAUCUGCCUGGGCAUACCCUCCGAGACGUUCGUCUGGGAGUAUUACGACAAGAGCAAGAACUACCAAUCGAUUGGCCCCGUCAGCUCGCUGGAGUUCUACGAGCGCUAUGUGAAGCCGCACUUUAAUGUGGAGGACAAGGUGUGCCUGGUGACCGAUCCCCGUCCAACCAGCAAAUACGAUCAGGCCUACACCGUCGACUGUCUGGGCAAUGUGGUGGGCGGACGUCCCGUUCUGUACAACAAUCAACCUGUGGACCUGCUCCUGGCCGUUGUCACCAAAUCCCUGAAGGCCGGCGAGGCUGUUUGGUUUGGCUGUGAGGUCAGCAAGCGUUUUGCCUCCAAGCAGGGCAUCGAGGACAUGUCAGUCCAUGACUUCAAGCUGGUCUUCGACAUUGACAUACAAACGACCUUUUCGAAGGCAGAUCGUCUCAUGUAUGGCGAGUCGGCCAUGACCCAUGCCAUGGUCUUCACCGCCGUCUCUGUGGAUAAGAAUGGCGUGGCGCAGAAGUUGCGCGUGGAGAACUCUUGGGGCGAAGAUCGCGGCGAGAAGGGAUAUCUGGUGAUGUGCGCCGAUUGGUUUAGGGAAUUUGGCUUCGAGGUGGUUGUCGACAGGAAGUAUGUGCCCGAGGAUGUGCUGCGCGUGUUCGAUAUGAAACCCAUUGUGCUGCCCGCCUGGGAUCCAAUGGGCACGCUGGCGCAGUGAGCGCCGUGAGCAGCAGCCGUCGUCAUUACAUAAAUACAACCCACAUAAACGUAUAUAAAAAGCUUUACAACAUCAAUGGCAGCAGCAGCCACAUCGAAACGAGGCGACACCAGACGAGACGAGAUGGUUGUUGGUGUGGCAUGCAAGCAACUUAAGCAUUAAUUUUUGUUCUUUUUAAAUUUGUUCGUCCUCCCCAUCCCCCCUAUCAAAUUAUGUAUUCAAAAUCCUCUGUUUGUCUGAUGUCAGGGCUUUACCAAAACGGAACGCAAUAAUUGAUUGAUUUAACCACACACUCACACACACACA